AGGAGAUCAACGUCAUCAGUGUGCGCGGUGGUUCCACAGAGGAGGUGGCAGACAGAUGCCUCUUCGAAACAACACUCAACAGUCGUGUGCUUACGACCUGUUUUUCCUCUCAUACUGCUGAAAAGCAGCUGUUGGGAUGCCAAAGAAGUUCCAGGGCGAGAACUCCAAGGCGGCCACAGCCAGAGCCCGCAAGGCCGAGGCCAAGGCAGUGGCAGACGCCAAGAAGAAGCAGCAGGAAGAGGAUGCUCUGUGGCAGGAAACCGACAAACAUGUACUCAAAAAAGAGCAGAGAAAGGAUGACAAGGAAAAGAAGAGGCUUGAGCUCCUUGAGAGGAAAAAGGAAAACCAACGACUUCUGGAUGAGGAGAGCUCGGGCAUAAAAGGCAAAUCUCAGAGGGAGGCUGGACCUGGGGGAAAAGUGACUCGUGCCCAGAUCGAGGAGGUGCUUCAGAACGAGCUACAGCAGCAGCAGCAGCAGCAACAGCUCAAGCCAAAAGAAAAGAGCCACCUGGAGACUCCACUGGAGGAAAACGUGAACAGAAUUAUCCCUGAGGAAGGAAGCGUGGAAGCCAGAACAAUAGAAGAUGCCAUCGCGGUGCUCAGCACUGGACCUGAGGACGUGGAACAUCACCCGGAGCGGAGGAUGAAAGCAGCGUUCGCUGCCUACGAGGAGGCCAACAUGCCUCGCCUAAAAAACGAGAACCCCAACAUGAGGCUGUCGCAGCUGAAGCAACAGUUGAAGAAGGAGUGGAUGAAGUCGCCAGAGAACCCCCUGAACCAGCGCUUUGCCGCGUACAAUACGAAGUGAUAGCACUCUUCCCCCCCGCAACUCCAUUUAAAAACUGUCUGCCUGUGCACACGGGAGACUUCCAUUGAAAAAAAUUAAGUAAUUCAUUUAAAAACGAGAAAAGUUGCUGAUGAGAGCUUCACGACUUCCCGCCCAGAAACGAUCUCUCCAGUGCCACAUGACUCAGCUUGGUUGUUCCAUUCACUAGCAAGGAGAAGCUCAUUUUCCCCAACAAGGUCACGAGCGAUCACGAUGUCUGUGCACGUGGCCUCUAAUGUGGCACUUAAGCGUCUAAUGAAUUUAAUUACAUGAUUUUUUUCUAGCACAUCUGGGGAGGUGGGAAGCCAGAUGUUUUGAGAGUAACUUAUUAAAGUUCACCACUCGAUCAUCAA